AUGAAUGGCGGCAAUAGCAAUCUCAAACUCCUCAAGAAAUCUCUUUGCACCACCACUGUCCAUUUCAAAGAACAACCUCUCAGCCCGCCACUCACUUCCCUACAAUGUGGGAAGAUCUUGCAAUCACUCACCAACACCAAAUCUUUCCCAAAAGGCCAGAAACUCCAUGCCCUCAUGGUCACUUCUGGCAAUCUCCUAAACAAUACAUAUCUAAGUACGAAGCUCGCUGCUUUUUACGCAAACUGCGGCAGGAUGGCCCAAGCCCAGGUGAUUUUUGAUGGUAUUCUGUUGAAAAAUUCGUUCUUGUGGAAUUUCAUGAUUAGGGGAUAUGCUUGUAAUGAAUGCUCAUUAAAGGCUCUUGUUUUGUACCGUGAAAUGCUUAGUUUUGGACAAAAGGCGGACAAUUUUACGUACCCUUUUGUUCUUAAGGCGUGCGGUGAUCUGUUGCUUGUGGAAACUGGGAGGAGAGUUCAUAGUGAGGUUGUGGUUAGCGGGUUGGAGUCAGAUAUUUAUGUGGCUAAUGCUCUUCUUGCAAUGUACUCGAAAUUUGGGGAUAUGGGAUUGGCGAGGAUGCUGUUUGAUAGAAUGCUUGAGAGAGAUUUAAUUUCUUGGAACACAAUGAUUUCUUGUUAUGUGAAGAAUAAUAAUCUGAGAAAGGCUUUAGAAGUUUUUGAGGAAAUGGGAAAGGCUGGAUUAAAAGCAGAUGGCACAACAUUGCUUGGAAUCCUCUCUGCUUGUGCUGAGUUGUUGGCCUUGAAGCUGGGGAAAGAAAUUCAUGCAUAUGUGGUUCGAAAGAGUGGUGAAAUACGUAAUGAGUUUUUGACAAAUUCUCUUAUUGAGAUGUAUUGUAAUAGCAAGUCUCUGGCUUAUUCAAGGCGAUUAUUUGAUGGGGUGAAAUUGAAAGAUACAGUGUCAUGGAACUCUAUGAUUAGAGGCUAUGAGCAGAAUGGAGAUGCUUUUGAAAGCUUAAGACUUUUCUGUCAAAUGGUUAUGGAAGGUGCAGAGGUUGAUGAGGUAACUAUUAUAACCAUACUGGGAGCUUGUGACCAGAUCAGUGCCUUGCAAUUUGGCAUGUCUGUUCAUUCAUGCCUCGUCAAGAAAGGCUUUGGUGCAAAUAUCAUUGUGGGAACUGCCCUUAUAGACAUGUAUUCUAAAUGUGGAAGUCUGUCUUGUUCAUGUCGUGUUUUUGAUGAAAUUCCCAGAAAAAACUUGGUUGCUUGGAGUGCUAUGAUUUCAGGAUAUGGGGCUCAUGGGAGAGGAGAAGAGGCUAUCUCCUGCUAUCAUGAACUGGUAGCAAACAAUUUUACUCCAGAUGAGGGGGUUCUUACUUCGGUUUUGUCAGCAUGUAGCCAUGCAGGCCUAGUCAACGAGGGGAAACAUAUUUUCAACAGAAUGACCAUAGAAUACAAUGUGAAGCCUGGGCUUGCUCACUAUUCAUGUCUGGUGGAUCUUCUGGGAAGAGCAGGGCAUGUGGAUGAAGCAUAUGAGCUCAUUAAGACCAUGGAAGUAAAACCUAGCAGUGAUAUAUGGGCUGCACUUCUUUCUGCUUGCAGGCUACACAAAAAUGUCAAGCUGGCAGAGGUUUCAGCACAAAAGGGACUGAAAAAAUCACCUGGCUGCAGCUUUGUGGAGGUAGAUAAGAUGGUUCAUAGGUUCUUAGUUGGAGAUAAGUCACACCCACAGACACAUGAUGUUUAUGCCAAGUUAAAAGAGUUGAAUCUGCGGCUCAUGGAGGCGGGAUACAAGCCUGACACCACUUCAGUGUUCUAUGAUGUUGAAGAAGAAGCAAAGGAGAAGAUGCUUUGGGAUCAUAGUGAGAGAUUGGCAAUUGCUUUUGCCCUUAUUAACACAGGACCAGGGACCACAAUCAGGAUUACCAAGAAUCUUCGUGUAUGUAAUGAUUGCCACACAGUAACGAAAAUGAUUUCUGAGCUUAUGAAUCGAGAGAUUAUAAUGCGAGAUAUCCAUAGGUUCCACCACUUUAGACAUGGAUUUUGCUCUUGUGGGGAUUAUUGGUGAAUAGUCUUUUGUCA